UUGAAGAAAGAAAAACAAUCUGGUCACUUCCCCACCGCCCCCUCGCAUCCGUUCCCAUUCUCCCAUGGUCGCCCCCUGCUCUUCCUCCCCUCAAUGUCGAAUCCGGCCGCGGAAGUGGCCGCGUCGGAUGCGGGCGCGGAGGCGUGGGACUCGCACAUCCCUGCUCUUCCCUGCUCCUUCAUCGAAUCCGGUCGCCGAAGUGACCGAGGCGGUGCUCGAGCUCGGCAUGCUCGCCGGGGAUGCCGGGGUCCUCCCUCCUCCUGAUGCUGUCGCCGUCGCUGCCGCCGCCAUGAGCCUCUCCACCCUCUCCCGCGCUCGUCCCAGUCCAGGUCGACAAAGGAGUAUGCAUUUGUGGAGCAGUUCGUCCGUGCAGUACAGUCUGGGCGGAGGAGUCUUCUAGCCUUUUAAAAUUCAGAUCAGAGAAGACCAUGCAUCUAUGUCGGCGAGGCGGAGCUGUAUAAGCCUUUUGAAAUUCAUAUCAGAGAAAAGCAUGCACCUAUGUCGGCGAGGAGGAGCUCCUCGUCGCUGCCGUGGGAGGGCGCCCGUGCCCCGUGCGGUCGCACCUGUGUUGGGGAACAACGCGUCGUCGUGGCCGUCGUGGACUGACUCGGCGAGCUCGUCGUCGCGACCGUCGUUGGGUGCCUCGGCGGCUGCGCAGGGCAGCGAAGGGGAUUGAUUCCUGCUAAUUUAGCUCCGUGUAAUUUGGGCUGGACGUGUGUUGUUACCUUGUGUUGUAAUUAUUUUUUUGAGAAAAAGGACGUGGGUUGUUCGUGCGGGUGUGGGUUGUUCGUGCGGGUGUGGGUUGCUUGUGCGGGCGUGGACGGCAGAGUUUUCGUCCGCCUCCUGCUGAAGUUUUCUUGUUUAAUAGUAGUGUAGAUACAUAAAACAUUGCCUUAAUUUCUAAAAGGGCAAGUUAACAUCACAUAGUAAAAUUUAUA